AUGUUCUUUCAUGCACUUCAUUCGAAGGUCUUGAUUGGGGUGCCGUUAGGUGAGGUGGGAAGCAUGUGCAACCUCCAUUAUGCCGAUGACCUCCUGGUUUUGACUACGGGAGGGCUUGAAGAUCUGCGGGUGGUGAAGCUUAUUUUGUUAGUGUUUGAGGGGAUGACGGGUUUAGCAACUAACUUUUCCAAAACUUGCUUGUACUCUUCCUAUCGGGACUUGCUCCCCGACCGUGCAUGCAGAUCGCUUUCUUGUGAGAGGGGGUCCUUCCGGGUUACAUAUCUCGGGUAUCCCGAUCUCGGGGUGGAGGCCAAGAAGGCAAGGCGGGAGGAGCUUAUUGUUAAAAUCGAAGGCGACUUUCCACUUGGAAAGUGCAAUAUCUCGUCGUUAGGUGGUCGGCUUACCUUGGUGAAUUCUGUCCUCUCUGCUAUCCCUACGUAUUGGAUGUCUCUUUUCCGAUUACCCUGUUGGGUUAUCAAAAAAAUUAACCGUAUUAGAAGGGACUUCUUAUGGUCGGGACCUGACAUUGACCACCCUAAGGUUAGGCUUAUUGGGUGGAAGAACCUCUGUCGAUCACGUGAUCAAAGAGGGUGGGGUAUUCUCGAGCUCCAGAAUUUCAACUUGGCGCUGUUAGGCAAAUGGUGGUGGAAAUAUUUGUCGGAUCCGACUUGGUGUGGGGCGAAUAUUGUUAAGUUCAAUUAUGGAUUAGAACGAUGGAACUUGUUCCCUAGGCAAGCGGGGGAGGAUCUCCUUCUUCUGGAAAGGAGUAAUGAGCUGCUUGCCGGCUUUACGAGGUUGUAUCCUCCAAGAUGUCAAUUCGGGAACUGA